CACUUACGGAAGUGAUCCAUGGAAUGACGAAAGUAAACACAACAUUUCUCAUCAUCACGAAAGUGAUGAUGAGAAAUGUUGUUGUAAGGACUGUAUUGGUUCAACUGGAGGUUUAGAGGAUGAGGACCAAGUGGUUAUAUGCAUAAAAGGUUGUGACGAAAACGAUGGGGACAUCCAAAUAGUAAUUCGACAAUGUCCUGACUGCAAUAAGACCAAAUCAAGCUCAAAAGGAGGACCUAGAACAUCAACUGGUAUGACGCAGUCUUCUAAGUCUUCCUUAAAAAAAGGAUUUUCGAGAACUCGACUAGAAGAAAUUGAGUCGACAAUUCUCCACAAUAAGGAUUCAUUAGGAAGUGUGAUAUGUAGCGAUGAAGAAGAAGAAGAAGAACGUCAUGGUCAUAUAGGUCAUGAAGAACGUCAUAAUCAUAUAGGUCAUGCAGAGUGUUCUAGAAUCGAAUUAUUUGAAACGACAAAUUUAUGUUUACAAACUGAUACUGGUCAAGAGUUUGUGAUAUCUUUAACUGUAUCGCCUAAGGAUGCGCACGGUUUUGGUGAUGGUAGCUACAGAAAGUCUACAACGAGCAUUCAGAAACAAACCUAUUUUGCAGAUGAUACAUAUAUUCCUUUAGUGCGAACAAAAGUUUGUUCUUCAUUAGAUUUCGAUGUCAAAACUGUGGAAUCUAGGUUAAGGAAUCAAGGACAAAUCAAUAAUAAAAAUAAUAAAAUUGUGGUGCGUCUUCAAGACUUUGGUACUGAAAAUUUGCUUAGGGCUUGUCGUCCGGCCAAGUGUUGUAGAAAAGCUAUUUUAAAUGAAAAAUUGAAAAAAUGCUUACCCUAUUCAGCAAGCAUAGGAUCUUUGCCUCUUGACGAGGCCGAUUUUGACGUUAUAGGUGAAUCACUUGAAAUGAGCUUGCAAAAAGUCAAAAAUUCUACAAAUCUUCGGAAGAGUGCUGCUUACAACAGCUCGAAUAUGUAUUUCAACUCAGUUUAUAGUGUAAUGUAUCUCUUGGUUGACGAUAAUCAAAGUUUGGCGAAACACAAAUUAGAUUAUUAUAUUUAUUUGGUGGAUGAUAUGCGAUGCAAUUAUGCCAAUUAUGAUGUUUAUUAUUUUGGAGUGCAACAUUCAUUUCACCAACCAGAAAAUAGAGAAGAAAAACAAACAGCGAGUAAUAGGAGUCUUGACAAAGAAGUUGCACCAAAUAGAUCAAAUCCUUUUAAAUGGAUGAAAGAAAAAUACAACAAAUAUCAAACAGUUUUGUCUUAUCCCCAAGAGUUAAUAUCGCAAAAUGAUCCUCUCAUUACUAGAAACCGUAGAAACAUCCCAGAAUCUAUAAAAAGAAACUCGCUGGCCAGAAACAAUAAAUUGUAUUCGAGCAGAAUUCCAAUUCCCGUUUGUAAACAUGAACCAACUAGUGAAUCUUCUUCUGAUAGAGGCGGUAAUGGCGAGAGUGAUCAAAUCGAUGUCAAUGAUAUCGACGACGCAAGCUUGACGUGGCAACUGCAAGGUUUUAUUGGAAAAAAAUAUCAAGAUUCGAAACAAGAUAGAGAUUCUUUGGGAGAAAAGAUUGCCGAAUUUACUGAACAAACUGAUAAAAGAUAUUCUAUUUGCAAUUACUAUGAAAAAAUUCAGAAUUCGACCAAAUCUUCUGUAGCAAGUAAUAUUUUGAAAAACAAAAGGAAAAGGAAAGAAUUUUAUUUGCCAAGAUCCAGUUCAGAUAUGUCCACUCCUAAGCAAAUGUGUAAGUUGAAAUCGAACACAUCAAAAAAUAAACCAAAAAAUCCUGUAUUGAGUACAAAAAGAUUAACCAAAGAUACUUCUUUAUUUAGUCUGGUGAAUAGAGAUUCCUCUAAAUUGAUUUUAAAAUAUUUCACAAAAGUCUUGCAUGAAAUGAUAAUGAAACAAAUGAUUAAGGACAAAUUUUUAUGUCAAAUAUCCGAAAAGCACAUGAGUGUAGCUGUAGGAACUGAAAAAGAAAGUUUGCAGGAGAUAUAUCGAAACCAGAACAUACGAAAAAUCAGAAAUGAGAAUAACUCUAAUAUCUCUUUUCAUGAUUUGAAAGCCAAACAACCACAAGUAUGCCUGACUCAAGUAAAUUCUGUCAAAACACUUAAUAGGUUUAAUACUAUUGGAAUGCAAACAUCGAGAAAUAUUGGCCAAUCCAAGCAAUCUCAAACCUCCAAUACUCUUCUCGACACUUUUUUCCAAAUGGAAAAAAAUACUUUUAAAAGAGAAUUGAUUUUCAAGCAACUGUAUAAUUACAGUAAACAAAAUAGUUGCGAUGAAGUUGAAAAUUUUACUGUAGCAUUUGCAAGUAAUCAGUCAUUUAGUGACUGUGAUUUUAUGACAUCGGAAUCUCAACUUUUUGAUGAUAACGGAAAUUAUACUGAAGAAACCUUAGAGGCUUCACUGAAUAAAUUGAAAGAAACUUUGGUAAAAUACGAAAUUGUUAAAAGAGAAAUUGAUGAAACAACUAUCAAUCCUAUUGAAUAUUUUGUAUAUCACCUUUGCGCUUGUGAUAGUAUACUUAAUAGAAAGCCUACAAUGAUGCAAAGGAUUCUAAGUAAAACGAAAGGGCUGUUUUCAGCUGUGGAAAAUAGUUUUAAACUAAAAAACCCUAUAUGUCCUACCUGCGGUUGUAACAUUUCCAAUUGCCAAGGUCAAACAUCAAAUGCCAAGCCUUUCCUAAGUUGCACUUGCCCGGAAGAAUUCACUAAGCCUAAAAUAUUUCAACCUUGCUGCAAGAAACAAGCGAAAACUAAAUCAUCGACUAUAGCUGCUCAGAUAAAAAAGUCAAUUUGUGAUUUGUUUGUGUCUCACAAGAAGUUGGAACCUUGCAAGUGUACCAGAUCAUCUCAAUAUGGCGACGCAGUAUAUAUUCCUGGCAAAAACAGUAAUAAGAAAAAUGUAUUGGUUGGUACCACCCAGAAAUGCGGAUGUGUAAAAUGUGAAAAUUUUAAUAAUGAAGAUGGCACCUGUUGUUGUUCUCAUUGUCUCGGGUGUUUAGAUAAAUGUUUUGAAACCUCACCGGAAAAUAAGAGUAUUGCAAUUGAAGCUGAUGUGAGUGUCGGACUACCUGAAAAUGAAAAAUCAAAAGAAGUUAAAGAAACCAACGCUGCAGUAGCUUUAGUUGAUACAAACCAUGCAUUAUCAACUAUCAAAGAUGAUUUGGUAGUUUCUGAUGAUAAAAUAGUGUCAGAUGACACAGGCGCAGUAAGAGUGCAUGAAAAUGAGGAAGAUCCUGGGAAUCGCACUGAUACUCAAACUUACUUUUUCAUGGGACCAACGCCCCAGUUUCUCCGUUCGGGAAAUGAAAACCCCUUUCAACAAUAUUUGUUAAAUUUUCCAAAUUUUAGCAUGUUUCAGGUCGAGAAUCUGGAGGAUAAUUUUCGAAGGUGAUUAAUUGUUGUUGUUAUUUAAUCGUGGUGAAUAAAA